GUAUUGCGAUCCAAUGUUGGAAAAAUGGGAGAGGGCGAUGCAUUUGAUUCCCGUAUAUGGAUUUGAGUGCAGGUGUGAAAAGUGUGAGGGGGAGGAACCGAGCGAUUUGGAUGUUAUUCAUUCGAUUCCUGUUUGGUGGUUGUAA